UAUUACACCUUGCACACUCUUAAGAGGACCCACGAAAAGAAGCCACCGGGAGGCAGACAUCAAUCCAGAACUUUAUUUUGAUUUUAGUUCACUCCAGUUGUGAGCAUUACGCAUCUAACUCCACAUUGGCUUUUUUUUUCUUUUUAGUUCCAUGACGCCAAGUUGCUCGGCUUUUCCUCACCCCAACUUGGAGCCAUGAACGCUUCCUCGUUCCUCGACGCAACGCACGGCGCGCUGCUAAAUGGCAGCCAGACUCUGGCGGGGACACUGGUCGCAUAUUCCGGCAACGGUAGCGAGCAGGCGGUGACCGGUGACGGCGGUGCGGGCGGUGGAAGUGUGGGAGACGGCGGGGGCGCUCUGGUUCUCCUGCAGGAGGAGCGCAAACUGCUGGUGAUGCGCGUGGUGCAAAUCGCCGUUCUGUGCGUUUUGUCGCUCACGGUGCUCUUCGGGGUAUUCUUCCUGGGAUGCAACUUGAUGAUCAAGUCCGAGAGCAUGAUCAACUUCCUGGUGAAGGAGCGGCGGCCGUCCAAAGAUGUGGAGACCGGCAUGAUUGGACUCACUUAAAGGGGGUCGAGGGAACCAAGGACUCUUCUGCAUGAACUUAUUAGACGUUUGCGUCCCCCUGCCUUUCCCCUACAAGUCAUUCAAGUGAGGAUUAGAUAUGCAACACGGUCACGUCUCCUUCCAAGUGACUCCAAAGCAGCAACCUUUGUGCGUAAAGUUUGUGCGUAAAAGCAGCCAACUAAAUACGCGGCGAUCGUUCAAGUGAGUUUAAAAGUUGCCAACUUGAACAAAAAGUGACGAAAAUGUUUACAAGCUGUUACCUCACCUUCGUGUCGCGUUUGUAUUUCGGGGUGAUUGUAAUUUCAUUCCAGUUUUAAAACGAAAAAGGCAUGGUUGUGAUUUGUUGUUGCAAUCUUGUCUCGUGUGUGUGCGUAAGAACAACGUCAACCAGCAGUACAACUUAUUUGCGCAAAUAAAAGAAAACAUGGAACAAAUGUUGCACGUUUUCAAGCAGACGCUCUCGCUUUUAAAAGUUUUAUGGAGUGAUCCUGCUGGUCCUUAUAUGUUUGGCAUGCUCUCAUUCGGGGUCUGGUUUGCACUUUGGAAACGAUAUGCUGCAUGAAGUCUUUUUUGUACCAAAGGAGAUUGCAAAGAUUAAAAAAAAGAUUAUCACUGCACAGGAACUCUGUCUGAUGGAUGAAUGUAUGA